GUAUGUAUCUCACAUUGACGAAAUCAUCCAUUGCGACCGCUACAACAGCAAAGUUACCUCAAACCACGGCAGGCGCGCCGUCGGCAAUCAUCAUCCGACCCGAAGGACCAAAAUUCGAGGAAACAGCGAAUUCCAGUCCCGAACUGUCCCGACCGCGUCCGAUCGCGCUCGAAGCUCGCCGCCAUUUACACCGAAAGCCCGUUACCGAAGCACACGCUUCAGUCAGACGUCGACCGCCGAGGGGGUUGUUUCGUCGACCACCCUCGCUUUACCGCGUUACUUUCGUAAACAAUGCAACUCUUUCGUGGAACUACUAUUAA